UAUGGCCCAAUCUCCCUCGACCUCGUGCUUCGCACCUUGGUCAGCGGUUUGAAGUAAUCGGUGAAACUACUGGAUUGUCAGUCGGAGAUUGAUUUUCCUGUGAUCUUGCAUCCCUGUGAAAAAAAUGGAAAUUCCUCAUUUCAAGCACAGAUUGGACCCGGAAAAUAUCGAGGAAAGUAUCAAACCAGUUCUGAAUCAGAUCAGACCAGAAUGGAACCUGAACGAAGUCAAAUUUAAGCAGUUUGAUGAGGGCAUCAGCAACAUGUUGGUGGGUUGCAACAUGCCGGGAUUGGAUGCCGGCGAAAUGAUUCUCUUCCGAGUUUUCGGAAAUAAAACCGAGCUCUUUAUAGAUCGCGAAAAAGAGCUGGAAACCUUUCAGAUUCUGCAUUCCAAGGGCUACGGACCUCCAGUUUACGGCACAUUGGAGAAUGGCCUAGCUUACGGAUUCCUAGCUGGAGAUGUUCUCGACACGGAUACGAUAGCGGACUCGCAUAUUUCUUCUCUUUGUGCCCGGCACAUGGCUCAAUUGCACGCGAUCAAAAUCAAUCACGAGAACUCACGACAUAAAGCAGAGCCGAUGUUGUUCAAUGGAAUGAUGAAGUAUUUUAAUCUUCUACCGGAAAAAUUCGAAGACCCGGUGAAGAACGAAAGGUUUGAAAAGCAAGCUCCUAGUAAAGCUAAGCUAAAGGAAGAGAUUGAUCAACUCAAGAUGGUCCUCUUAAAACAUAACUGUCCAGUGGUCUUCUGUCAUAAUGACAUGCUCUGUAAGAAUAUAGUCUAUGAUAAAACUAAAGACAUUGUUCUAAGUAUUGACUACGAGUACGCCAGUAUGAACUUCCUCCCUCAUGACAUUGGAAACCACUUCUGCGAAUAUGCAGGUGUAGAUGAAGUGGACUACAAUUUAUAUCCUAAAAGGGAACAUCAGUUAAAAUGGAUUACUGUUUACCUUGAAGAAGCUGCCAGGUUGAGAGGUACAUGCAUGCAUGACACGCUAAAUGUUGAAAUCACAGAGAUGCCAAUACAAAAAGAUUGCCAAUUUUACCUUUUUGACCCAACGAAAAAGUUGCUCAAAGCAGAGCUUCACCAAUUCAACCACAAAAAUGUGUCACAAAUCCAAUCAUUUGCCCCCAAAAAUCUGCCAAAAUAUGUCUGAAACAUGUGUCUAAUGUGCUUCCCUUCGUAUUGUCUGUGAGAUUUGACCCGUGCGGGAGACCAGGUGAUUGUGUCUUUAUAAUAUAUUUCUGGGAGACUUCCAAGUUGACAUAAUCAGAGGCUGUGAUGAUUGGUUUCAAGAGCUACAGACGUGUUUGGAAAAAUAGUUAUUAAUAGCUUGACUGUUUAAUUUCCUUUUAUAAAUACUUCAUGGUAACAGCUUUAUCGUCAUGUUGUCUUCAGAGUGACAUCAUCAAUUGGAUAAAUCUUCAUGUAGUGUAGGCCUUCAAAUGGCAACUUCUGGAAGCUUGACAAGAUGGGCCAUUAGCAGACGAUUGCAAUUUCCUUUUUGUCAAUUUUCACCAUUUUUUUAAAAAUUUUUUUCCAAAGCUGAUCAAUUAUUUUCCUUGACUGGUUGACAAAAAUUUAUUUUCUGAUAAACUAAGUUCCCACGUUUUUCUACAGCACUGUACUACCCAUUACUUCAUGAGUUCAGUGUAAGGUACACACAAAGUUUGGCUUAGGGCAGGGUACUAAUUGCAUUUACUAAAUCAAGUAUGAAGUUGUAGACCACCUAAUUGUCAUGUACAUAAUGGUUAUUAUAAUGCACUAAAAAGUUUCCUCUCCAUGUAA